AUGCAGACAGGCCACAGGUUACAUGAUCCGGCUGCAGUCAGGUGUGGUAAAGCAGGUACAGACCGGCAGCAGCCAGAACAACCUGUACUGAUCCGACUCCAACAGGAGGAGGUGGAGGAGCCUCCAGGUGCGGGAGAGCCUGCUGAGCACAGAGACCCACGACAACCGAGAGCCCCACGCCGCCCGUCACCCGAGAGCCCCACGCCGCCCGUCACCCGAGAGCCCCACGCCGCCCGUCACCCGAGAGCCCCACGCCGCCCGUCACCCGAGAGCCCCACGCCGCCCAUCACGCGAGAGCCCCACGCCGCCCAUCACGCGAGAGCCCCACGCCGCCCAUCACGCGAGAGCCCCACGCCGCCCAUCACCCAAGAGCCCCUGCCGCCAGUCACCCGAGAGCCCCACGCCGCCCAUCACGCGAGAGCCCCACGCCGCCCAUCACCCAAGAGCCCACGCCGCCCGUCACCCGAGAGCCCCACGCCGCACGCCGCCCGUCACCCGAGAGCCCCACGCCGCCCGUCACCCGAGAGCCCCACGCCGCCCGUCACCCGAGAGCCCCACGGCGCCCGUCACCCGAGAGCCCCACGCCCCCCGUCACCCGAGAGCCCCACGCCGCCCGUCACCCGAGAGCCCCAUGCCGCCCGUCACCCAAGAGCCCCUGCCGCCAGUCACCCGAGAGCCCCACGCCGCCCGUCACCCGAGAGCCCCAUGCCGCCCGUCACCCAAGAGCCCCUGCCGCCAGUCACCCGAGAGCCCCACGCCGCCCGUCACCCGAGAGCCCCAUGCCGCCCGUCACCCGAGAGCCCCUGCCGCCAGUCACCCGAGAGCCCCACGCCGCCCGUCACCCGAGAGCCCCACGCCGCCCGUCACCCGAGAGCCCCCGUCGCCCAUCCCCUGAGAGCCCCACGCGGCCCGUCACCCGAGAGCCCCCGCCGCCAGUCACCCGAGAGCCCCACGCCGCCCGUCACCCGAGAGCCCCCGUCGCCCAUCCCCUGA